GCUUUUUCCUCCAUUUAGUACUUAAAACAGACACAAACGCAAACUCAACUCAUUCCCUCAGGAAAGAGAGAGAGAGAGAGAGAGAGAGAGAGAGAGUUUUCUGAGCCAAACUCAAGACCAGAGUUUCAUAGUAGCAACUAUGACUGUGGAGGUUAAGGUUGAGGAAACCCAGAUGGCUGAGGCUGUUGUUGCUCAGGAAGACACUAAGAAGGAUGUGGAAGAGACCCAGAAUGUUGCCAGAGGGGAAGAGAAGGUAGUGGAUGAUUCCAAGCCCAAGAUUGUUGAGAAGAGUGCUUCUUACAAGGAAGAGAGCAAUUUCUUCUCCGAUCUGAAAGAGUUUGAGAGAAAGGCAUUGAAUGAACUGAAAUCCAAGCUUGAAGAGGCGAUUCUUGGGAACAAUUUGUUUAAGAAAGAAGAGCCAAAGAAGAACGAGAAGCAGAGCAGUGAAAAUGUAGAGAAGGAGAAAGAAGAAGAAAAGGAGAAAGUUGAGAGUGAAACUCCUAUUGAAGAGGAGGCUUCGAAAACAGAACCAGAAGAGGAGAAGAAACCUGAAGAAAAGGGUACUGAAAUAGACAGGGAUAUCUCUCUUUGGGGAGUUCCCUUGUUGUCUAGCAAAUGUGCAGAGGGUACCGAUGUUGUCCUAUUGAAGUUCUUAAGGGCCAGGGAAUUCAAAGUCAAUGAAGCUUUUGAGAUGCUCAGGAAAACCAUGCAAUGGAGGAAGGAUUUCAACAUCGAUUCUAUCUUGGAUGAGAAUUUGGGGGCUGAUCUGAGCUCAGUGGCGUAUAUGAAUGGAGUUGAUAGAGAAGGUCAUCCAGUUUGCUACAACAUCUAUGGGGUGUUUGAGAAUGAGGAGCUGUACCAGAAGACAUUUGGAACAGAGGAGAAGAGAGAACAGUUUUUGAGAUGGAGGUUCCAGCUAAUGGAGAAGGGGAUUCAGAAGCUUGAUUUGAGGCCUAGUGGUGUCAGUUCUUUGCUCCAGAUCAACGAUCUCAAGAAUUCUCCAGGACUCUCAAAGAAAGAGCUGAGGAUUUCCAUGAAACAAGCUGUUAGUGCCCUACAGGACAACUAUCCUGAAUUUGUUGCAAGAAAUGUAUUUAUCAAUGUUCCAUUCUGGUACUAUGCCCUCAAUGCCCUGUUAUCUCCUUUCCUGACACAAAGGACCAAGAGCAAAUUUGUGGUUGCUCAUCCGGCCAAGGUCACCGAAACUCUUCUCAAGUAUAUUCCUGCAGAGGAGGUCCCCGUGCAGUAUGGUGGCUUCAAGAGGGAGAAUGACUUUGAGUUCACUGGUGAAGAUUGUGCUGUUUCUGAACUUACCAUCAAAGCUGGAUCAACUGAGACCAUUGAGAUACCUGCUGAUGAGGUUGGAAGCACAUUAGUAUGGGACCUGACUGUUUUGGGAUGGGAAGUGAAUUACAAGGAGGAAUUUGUGCCAAAGGAUGAAGGCUCCUACACCAUCAUUGUACAGAAGACUAAGAAGAUAGGGGCACAGGAAGAGCCGAUUCGCAACACCUUCAAGAACAAUGAACCUGGCAAGGUUAUUCUCACAAUUGGAAAUGCAUCCAGCAAGAAGAAGAGAGUUCUCUACCGGUACAAGGCCAAGAAGGAGGAUUCCUCCUUUUGAAGCCUUGUCUAAUUACUGUAAUAAUUUGGUUGAUUAGGGAACAUGUUCAUUCAUACAUUUCUAAUUCUUUUUGCGUGAGACAAAAAUUGAGUGAGUUAAGUGGAUCUAGAAGCUUCAUUCUUUAGGCAGGAUUCAUGAAACGAUCCUGUGAUCAAUUUGUUUGUUUGAAUCUUUUGCUUGAGAGGUCUGUUGGUGCAUACACUCUUUUAAGAGUGAAAGAGUUGAGUUCUUUUGUUAAUGGAAAUUGUUUGAUUUGAGUUUA